UAUUUCAACAGGAUAAAGAUGUUCCGGUUCCAGAGCUGGACACUGCAGCUAACAAAACAUUCUUCAAGUCCACUCCGAAGACUACUGUGUGAAGCUACUAGCAAUUUACCAGUGUUAACAUUAUUCACAAAGAAACCAUGUCCCUUAUGUGAUGAAGCCAAAGCAAUGCUUGAGCCAUAUAAACAUAAGUUUAUUUUUCAGGAGGUGGACAUCACCCUUCCGGAUCACAGAGCCUGGUAUGAAAGAUACAAAAAUGACAUACCAGUCUUCCAUUUGAAUGGGCAAUUUCUGAUGAAGCAUCGUAUGUAUAUAGAAGAAUUGGAGAAACAGUUGUUGAACAUAGAGCUGCAAGAUGGUGGCAAGGGGUGAAGGAAAUGAAUGGGUUGCAAG